AUGGCAGCGAGAAUUCACAUCCACGUGUCGCCACCUGAUUCGCCGCUCGACCUCUCGAGCCUCUCUUUCGCUCUAUCCAGCCCAAAAUCUAAGACACCAGAACCACAAUUGCUACCACUCUCAGCCGCUCCACCUUCUCCGCUAGCGGCGGCGGCGGGCGCGGUGCCUCCGGGCGCCGUAGCCCUGACCGGCGGUUGCGGGCAGAAGUCUUUAAAGCAGUCGCUAUGUGCCGCGGUGCUGCGGCUUGUGCAGGAGGGCGUGGAGAAGGACGGGUACGGCAAGCAAGCCGUCGAGGCGCUGGGGCGACACUUCGCGUCGCUCCCUUCGCGGUACGCUCUAAGCGUCGACCCGCACCGCCAUGAUGACGUCAUGCUGCACAUGCGGUUGAUCAACGAAGUGCGCGACGCGAACCAGUCGGACCGCGACCACGGGCCAAUGGUGUGCGUGCGACGCGUGUGGCUGGGAGCCGCAAACCUGCCGUCCAAUCCCAGCACGCCAACACCACGCGCCGCUGCCGCCGCCAGUGGCGCUGCUGACAGAGACAUUUCUGGGCAGUCGGAACAAACGAAGCAACAGCGACGGAAGUCGAGCAGCCAGCCGCGUCGCAUUCCAAAGCCUAUAUUCGGUUCCUCCGCCGCCCUCUCGUUGCUCUACGUUUGCAGCCCCACAGCGGCCGCAAUGACCGCCGCAAGUAACGCCGCCACAUCCGCCGGCGGAACUUCAGGAUCAAACGGCGGCUCUGGUAACCAGGUGACGAGGCAACUGUCAGGAAGCGGACGGACAGGUGGCCAAUUCUCAUUGGCUGCGUGCGUCAACGCGAGCAGCGGAGGUGGGAUGCGCGGAGAGCGGGGUGUGCCUGCGCCCGUGCCAAUUCCGAGACGGAAAUCGGGUGCUCAACUUAUAACGGGUACAAGAGGUUCCGCCUCCAGCCUUGAGGGAAGGAGCGCGGAGCGGGGUUCAGGAUGCGCGCUUGGGGAGGCCGAGGGGGACGGCGCGCGGGGGAACGAGCAGCGGGGACUGUACGGGCGGAAUGGGGGGGCGGCAUUUGACGAAUUUGGGGGGAAAAGUGCAGAAUCGGGGAGUCUGGGAGGAGGCAUAGGGUCGUUUGGGUCCUACGAUCAAACGAGAAGCGCGGGUUCGAGUCUCCACGGCGACACUCUGGAUGAAAACGAGGAUGGCGCAGGGAGAGGCGAGAGGGGAGGGUACGGGUGGGAGGUGACGGUGGCAGCUCCUGAUAGGCCGGGGUUGCUGACGUGUUUCACGAGCGCGCUGGGGAAUGCGGGGCUGGAGUGGAACAUCAGGGAGGCGCAUGUGUUCAGCAGCAGUGAUGGCAUGGCGCUGCAGGUGUUUGUGGUGGCUCCCGAUGGCGACCACCCCUUGCAUGAUGAUGUGAAAUAUCUGUCCUCCUUUUCUGUUUCCGCCACUCUGCCUCCCUCAUUAUCCUUCCGCCUUCACCCGUUCCUUGUUGAUCCUUUUCUCGGGCCACUCAUUUCCCUGUCCGCUCCUCUUCAUCCCCAGACGGUGGAGCUACAGGAGGCGGUGCAGGAGCUGCUGCGCGCCAAGUGGAAGGACCACGUGGCAGUGGCGGCGCGCACAGCAGAGCAGGUGCAGCUCAGCAACGUGCGCGCCGUCGUGGACGCUCUCGCAUACGAGGACUGGGCCGUGGACUACAGCGAUAGGCGUAGAGGCGGAGAGCAGGUGCAGCUGAGCAGCCUGCUGGCCGUGGUGGAUGCUCUCGCAUAUGAGGGCUGGCCCGUGGACUAUGGUGAUAGGCGUAGAGGCGGAGAGCAGGUGCAGCUGAGCAGCCUGCUGGCCGUGGUGGAUGCUCUCGCAUAUGAGGGCUGGCCCGUGGACUAUGGUGAUCUGGCCCUGGGGGAGAAGCUAGGCGGGGGAGCGUCAGGGCGGCUGCUCAGGGGGACGUACCGCGGGCAGGAGGUGGCAGUCAAGGUGCUGCAGCUCGCUCCCCAUGGGGGGGGCGCGCAGGGGGAGGGCGCGCCUGGGGGCGGUGCUGCUGGGGAGGGUGGGGAAGGGACGGGGGGGAUGGGCAUGGUGGGGGGCACGGUGUGUGGGACGCUGCGAAGUGCGACGGCCAUGGAGCUGCUGCAGUGCUUCAAGCAAGAGGUCGCUAUAAUGAGGAUGGUUCGCCAUAAGAAUCUCGUGCAGUUUAUCGGAGCCUGCUCGCACUGGCCGAGACUCUUCAUCGUCACAGAGCUCAUGGCAAAGGGAAGUGUGAGGGACGUCCUGGAUCGUCACAGCGUCACCCUCUCCCUGCCGGCGCGCCUCAAGAUCCUCCGGGACGCGGCGCGCGGGCUGGACUUUCUGCACCGGAGGGGCAUCGUGCACCGCGACUUGAAAGCGGCGAACCUGCUCAUUGACGAGAACGACGUGGUGAAGCUGUGUGACUUCGGUGUGGCCCGCAUGCUGCCAUCGCGGCAGCAGGGUGGGCAGCUGAGGGGCGGGCCGGAGAAGGUGGGAGGGGCUGACAUGACAGCGGAAACAGGGACAUAUAGGUGGAUGGCGCCUGAGGUCAUGGAGCACAGGGGGUACGACCAGCGGGCGGACGUGUUCUCCUUCGCCAUCACCAUGUGGGAGGUGUUGACAGGCGACCUGCCAUACUCUGGUCUCACACCCCUGCAGGCUGCUAUCGGCGUGCUUCAGAGGAACCUCCGCCCGCCCAUUCCACCCACGCUCCCUCCUCCCAUCGCCACCCUCAUGGCUCGCUGCUGGGCGUCCGACCCUGCUGAUAGAGCCGACUUCUCCGAGGUGCUGACAGUGCUGGAAGCGUCCAUCAAGGGAGUGUCCCCUGCCGCCCUCUGCCUGGGCCCUGAUGCCGCCUCCCCUGCUGCUGCUGGAGGGGGAAUCACAGGGGCAGGUUCAGGGGCAGGUUCAGGGGCAGGGGGAGUGGCAAGGGUGCGGGAUUUGACAGCGGGGGGAGGGAGCUCUUCCUCUCUGGGCAGUUUGUUUCGGCGGUCCAUCUUCGGGGCUGUCAAGAAGCACUGA